AUGGCAACAAAAGCAGCAAUAGCUUUCAUGUUUAUGUUGUUUUUCUUGAACACAGCAUGCCAAGCACAACUCACCUCUACAUUUUACGACACCUCUUGUCCUAAUGUACUUAGUGCCAUCCGAACUGCCAUCAGAAGUGCAAUUGCCAGCGACCGGAGAAUGGCAGCGUCUCUCAUUCGCUUACACUUUCACGAUUGCUUUGUGCAGACUUCCUCUAUCGAGAGUGAGAAGACUGCGUUAGGCAAUAACAAUUCAGCUAGAGGUUAUAAUGUCAUAGAUAAAGCAAAAACUGAAGUAGAGAAGACUUGUCCUGGAGUAGUAUCUUGUGCAGAUAUCAUUGCAGUGGCAGCAAGAUAUGCAUCUGCUUAUAGUUUGGUGAGGGUUAACGAGUGCAAGACCAAGGCAUGGCCUAGUGGGAGGAGUCGGUAUGAGGAUUAG